AUGGGAAAGAAGAUCAUUAUUGAUACCGACCCGGGCAUCGACGAUGUCCUGGCUCUUUUGCUAGCUCUCUCUGCCACCCCCGAAGAGGUUGAGGUUCUGUUGAUCUCAUUGACAUUCGGUAACAUCGAGGUGAAGAACUGUCUUCGCAAUGCCGUUUCAAUGUUCCACAUUCUCGAGCGGGAGAUGCAGUGGCGCCGCGAGAACGGCCGACCUGAAGGAUUCGGCAGCUUGCGAGCACACCGUCCUAUACUAGCCGUUGGUGCAGAAGACCCUCUCGAAGACCAGAAGAUGCUAGCUGAUUACUUCCAUGGAACGGAUGGCCUUGGUGGUAUCCACGCCAGUCAUCCUCACCUCACUGCCACCAAAGCAUGGGAGCAUCUCUUCACUCCAACUCUGGAUAGCGAGGGAAUUGAGGCUGUAACAGACUGCACCGGACCCACCGACCAUUCCUUCACAGCAUCCAAACUGCCAGCCCACAAAGAGAUCCUCCGUGCUCUCCGUGAAAAUGAGCCUGACUCAGUGACUCUCGUCGCAGUGGGCCCGCUCACUAACCUUGCACUAGCAGCGGCAGAAGAUCCUGAGACCUUCCUCCGCGUGAAAGAGGUUGUUGUCAUGGGCGGUGCAAUCAACGAACCAGGCAACGUAACACCUGUGGGCGAGUUCAACGCCUACGCAGACGCAGUCGCAGCCGCGCGGGUCUUCGCUCUCACAUCGCCCAACCCGCAUACCACAAUUCCAAUCACCAUGAGCGACCGUCUCCCACCAUACCCGGAGAAGCUCAGCCGCCAACUAACUCUACGUCUCUUCCCACUGGAUAUCACGCUCCGUCACAACCUCUCAAAGGGUCAAUUCCGCAAGGCGAUCACGCCUCUUUUAGAGGGUGGUUCCCCGCUUGCUGAGUGGGUCGAUGCCUUCAUGGGCCACACUUUCAAGACUCUGGAGCGCCUGCACAUGGGACACGUUGGUGACGAUGCUGAGCUGAGUCUGCACGACCCUGUCUGCGUGUGGUAUGCUCUCACAUCCGAGGAUCCUAAUUGGGUAUAUGCGGCGAACUCGCCUGAGGAUAUCCGUGUCGAUUCUCUUGGCCAGUGGACUCGAGGCAUGUGUGUCAUUGACCGCCGCAAUCGUCACCGUAUUGAGGGUGAUGAGGAGAGCUCAAGUGAUCAUGGUCUCUGGUUGAGUGGCCGUGCUGGUAAUCGUAUUUGGCGAAUGGAUGGAUCUCCUGCUGAAAAGAACUUUGGAGAUGUCAUCAUCCAAAGGCUCUUCUACUAG